CUCAAAGGUUCUGAUUCGAAGAUAAGUGAGCACAUGUUAUAUAAUAUAGGCUAAACUGUAGCGUAUCGAAACCCGACUCGACGUGACAAUUGAGAGAGCUUCGAAUAACUCAGGAUUAGCAGAUGGCGAUGGUUUUGCAGGCGAAUGAUGCUCGAGAAUGGUGUUAUAGAGGAGAAGGAGCUGUCAAUCUAGUGCUUGCUUAUAGUGGAGAACAUCCUGAUUUUGUUGGAAAAGUGUUGCGGGUACAGAAGGUACCAAGGAAUGGAUCUCAAUGCGAGAAUGGUCAUCCAGGUCUAACCGAGUUGGAAUGCCUCAUGUGGAAAGAAUUUAAAGAGCUGGUAUCAGCUCCUACAAAAGAAAUGGCUGAAUACUGUUUUGUGCAGCAUGUGAUGUGCUCGCUGUUGGGUUCAAAGAAUGUUGAUGCAGGGAUUCACAUCCCUGUGACCCGAGAAUUUCUGGAAACAGUUGAUAACAAUGUUCUAUCUCAGCGUCCUUCUUGGCGUGUUGAUGCCGCAAUGGUCAACCCCCUGUGUGAUUCUGUACUGCUGAUAUCUGAUCAUUCGAUUUUCCCGCGUGGUGCACUUAAAAAGGACUUCUGUAUAUCUGUAGAAAUAAAGCCUAAAUGCGGAUUUCUUCCGCUUUCGGAAUUUAUUGCAUCAGAAAACAGUAUUAAAAGGAGUGUAACUCGUUUCAAGAUGCAUCAGGCUUUAAAAUUGCACCAAGGAAAGAUAUCAGAGAUAAGUGCAUAUGAUCCAUUGGAUUUGUUUUCUGGAUCCAGUGAUAGGGUACACAAAGCAAUAAAGGGCCUUUUCAAGACCCCACAAAACAAUUUCCGAGUUUUCCUGAAUGGUUCUCUCAUAUUAGGGGGUUUAGGUGGUAAUGCAGACGCUACAAGCUGUGAAGUUGGUGAAACAUUUGAAAAUGCACUGAAGUGUGUAAUUCAAGCUGUGGAUGGCCAGCGGACCCAAUGCUUCCUAGAUCUUGUUUCCAAGACCAUUUUUAGUUCAGGACUGCUAAACAAGGUUCUUGAAGUCCAGAAGUUCGACAAUGCUGACAUUGAAGGUGCAAUUCAUGCAUAUUACAAUGUCAUUUCCCAACCAUGCGCGGUAUGUAAUAAACGAUCAGCUGAAGAUCAAUUGUCAGAAAGAUACAGUUCUUUGCAUUCAAUCUCGAACGAUGAAAGCAUGAAGAUUGUGAGGAAUUACUUGAUUGCUGCAACUGCAAAGGACCUGAGCAUGAUGAUUAGUUUUAGACCUCGGGAAGAUGGGAGUGUGGAAUCUCCAUAUAGCAUGGUUUCCUUAGAAUCAACCAACCAAAGUUUUGAUUAUAAGGCAUAUUUCAUUGACCUGGAUUUGAAACCUUUGGAGAGGAUGGAGUACUACUACAAGUUAGACCAACAGAUAGUCGGCUGCUAUGUUCAGAUGGUAAAAUCCACGCAGCAGCUUAGCCACAUUGAAUGAUGGAAGCGCUGUCGGAACUUGACAUUGGAGAUCAUUUUCUGGUAAUCAAUUGAAAAA